UCACUGCCUUUCAUCUUUCCUUCAGAAUAAACUAUGGGGUGGACGCUUUUCUGGAAGAACCAGCGACGCUAUGUCAAAGUUUAACAACUCCAUCGCCUACGACCAAAGACUGUGGAAAGAAGACGUGGAGGGGAGCAAGGCGUACGCCGAAGCGUUGAAACGCGCCGGAAUCAUUACGCCACAAGAAGCGGACACCAUUCGUCGUGGUCUAACCGAAGUGGAACAUGAAUGGUCAUCAGGAAAGUUCGUGGUCACUCGGGAUGACGAGGACAUUCAUUCUGCCAAUGAACGUCGACUAAAGGAAAUCAUUGGUCAUGAAAUCGGCGGCAAGUUGCACACGGGUCGGAGCCGGAACGAUCAGGUUGCCACGGACCUAAGGCUGUGGACACGCAGAGCUGUCGCCGCCCUGAUUGAUCAUAUAAGGCACUUCAUCUCAAUCGCCUGCGGAAGAGCCGAGAGAGAAAUCGACGUGCUCAUGCCCGGCUACACGCACCUCCAAAAGGCCCAGCCCAUUCGCUUCUCCCAUUGGAUGCUGAGCUACGCCUGGUUUCUCCGGCAGGACGCGGAGCGGUUCCUCGAUCUCUCGCGCAGGUUGAACGUGUGUCCUCUGGGAAGUGGUGCACUUGCUGGCAAUCCGUUCCCCAUCGACAAGGAAAGAAUGGCGUCUGAUCUUCUCUUCGACGGUGUUAUUCAGAAUAGCAUCGCUGCCGUCAGCGACAGGGACUUUGUCGCCGAAUUCCUCUUUGCCUGUUCGCUGACCGCGGUUCAUCUCAGCAAGUGGGCCGAAGACCUGAUCAUCUACUCUUCCGCCCAGUUUGGAUAUGUGACUCUCGACGACGCUUACACUACGGGAAGCAGCCUGAUGCCACAGAAGAAGAAUCCGGAUGGACUUGAGCUCAUACGCGGCAAAACCGGCAGGAUUUCUGGACACCUUGUUGGCUUCCUGAUGGUUCUCAAAGGCCUACCGAGCACCUACAACAAGGACAUUCAGGAGGACAAGGAAGCCGUGUUUGAUGCCUAUGACACCCUGGCCGCGUCAUUGGAAGUGGCCGUUGGUAACAUGGAAACAAUGAAGGUAUGUAAAGCUGCCUGCGAAUCUGCUCUUAGCCCGGACAUGCUGGCCACGGAUGUCGCGUACUACCUCGUGCGGAAAGGGACACCAUUCCGUGAUGCGCACCACAUUGCCGGGAAACUGGUAGCCCUUGCCGAGCAGAAGAAUCUGGCCAUGACAAGUCUUACCUGUUCCGAUGCGAAGUCUGUUUCGGACCUGUUCGACGACGACUUAGCCCAGUUGUGGAACUAUGAGCACUCUGUGGAACAGUACAAGGCGACCGGCGGCACAGCGAAGGCGAGUGUCUUGGCACAGAUCGCCUCUCUGCGACAGUGGCUGACCGAAGUGAAAGAGCGACGCUAGGCUACAAAGCGACGUCAAAACUGUG